GCUGCCGCCGGGCGGUCUCGGCUCGGUGCUUUCGGCUGCUCCGCUUCGCCUUCGCCAUGGACAUCGCGAUCCACCACCCCUGGUUCCGCCGGCCCAUGGGCUUCCCGUCGCUCUUCCCGCCUCGCCUGUUCGACCAGCGGUUCGGCGAGGGGCUGCUGGAGACCGACCUGAUGUCGGCCACGCUCUGCCCCUACUACAUGCGCACGCCCAGCAUGCAGAUGCCGACUCUGCCAGACACGGGGCUGUCGGAGAUGAAGCUAGACAAAGACAAGUUCUCUGUCUUGCUGGAUGUGAAACAUUUUGCACCGGAGGAGCUGAAUGUGAAAGUGGUGGGCGACUACAUCGAGGUGCACGCCAGGCACGAGGAGCGUCCGGAUGAGCAUGGCUACAUCUCCCGCGAGUUCCACCGCCGGUACAUGAUCCCCAAAGGGGUCGAUCCAGCAGCAAUCACCUCGGCACUGUCGCCGGAUGGGGUGCUCUCCAUCACCGCCCCCACAAGCAAGGCUCUUCCCGGAGCUGAGCGCAGCAUCCCCAUCAGCCGCCAGGAUAAGCCUGCAGUUGCAGGGAAGUAAUGAGGGAAGCGGCUGAGGCUGCCGUCGCGCUCUGUUCUCGCCAGAAGCCAGCGCCUCCGGCCUGCUCUCCCCUCACCUGAAGCUGCAAGCACAGUUCACUCAUAAGCCUUCCGGGACCUUUCUCUCUCCGCCACAUGUGCUUCUCAGUGUCUGAUAGCGGAGACCCUGUUGGCUUUGGUGGUGACCUUUCGGGGCAGUUGGCCCACACUUGGGUGCGAUUUUCCCGGAGUGGAGGGCAGGCUUUUUCUUCUGGCUGGGAGGUGUCCCUUUCGCCGGCUUUCUCUGUGCCACUGGCUUGCUUUGUAUGACCACGACUGACCUAGUUUCCAAGUGUUUGCUUACAAACCAAAUGUCAUCUGAUGGAUACUUGCUAAUAAACAUGAAGUAACUGCC